GGAUGAGGAACUGCACCCGGAAGUAGAAUUCCUGCUACUGUUAGCCUUUGCUGAGGGUUAUCGUGUUUACAAUUGGGACUUUACUUGCAGUGGCAGAAACGCAACAUUGACUGAUUUUCCUGCGCAUGCUGACCGUGGUAGGUUUUCACUUUACUCGGCUUUUCAGUUUAUAAUUUGCAGAAAAGCCGUUUAAUAACGGGGAUAAUAUAACAUUUAAACAGGCGUGUACAUUGUUUUCACGCACACAUGUAGGACCUCAGCACAGCUAUCAACACAAAUUAAACACAACUUCACUUUAUGAAGACGUUUCCAUUCAUACAAACACGAAACAGACAGUCUUUUACUGCAUGAUGCAAGGAAAAUUUCCUUUGAACAGGCAGAAACCUGGGUAGGACCAGACUCAUGUUAGACAGCCUCAACUUACCCGCUCUUUUUAUGCAGAUACACUAGUUAGAGACAAAACUAUGAUUGCCUUGAUGUAAUGAUGCGAAAUAUGAAAAAUGGCUCAUCUUACCCCACUCUCCCCCACUAUGUAUGGUGUUUACUGGAUAAUAGUGUUGUGCCGUUCGCAAACAAUUCAUUCAAAAGAACUGAAUCUUUUAAGUGAACAGACUGCAACUUUUCCACCAGGUUGCAAUGGACCAGCAUAAAUAUCACCAUCCCAACUCCAGCCACCACAAAAAACGCCAGUCAGCAUACCAGAGAGAGGGGGAUGACGGUGAAAGAGGUCAUUAUAAGAGCAAACACUUUAAACCAAGCCACCACCAGCAGUACCACUCCGGGUCAAACCCAGUCAGCUCCCGGGGUCUGAGCACCAGGAGAGAACUGUAUGAGAGAGACUUCCCUGUGUACAAACAGCCUGUGGAAGUAGGAAGUUUCUCUCUCGACUCAAGGCGUAGAUUCUUCAAUGACGCCCGGCAGCUGAGAUAUUACGUGGAGCCAGACAAGGAGCCUAACUUUGACUUAAGGGACGGAUACAAGGAUCGCUUCAUAAAGAGAGACGACAGUGUGAAGGAGAAGCUCGACCACAUCCUGCGAUGGAUUUUGGCCAAUAGAUCGAAGCUUAGCUCCAAGUCAGCUGAGAACAAAUCAUGGUGAGUGUCUCUUUACCAUUCGCCCCUUCAUCAGGUAAUCAUACUCUCUAAACAAAUGAUAAAUCUCCUCUCUCCACCCAGUGCUUUAGAUGUGGAUUUUGUGACGUGGCGUGGCCAUCUGACCAAACUUCUGACCACCCCCUAUGAAGCCAGAGAGGGCUGGCUGCUGGCGGUCACACGAUUCAGGGACACGUUAUACAUCAGCGAAGUGGAAACAGAAGCUGCUCGGCGGGAACGAGAGAACCGCACCGGCAGGCAUGAAGAGAUGAUGUACUGGGGGUACAAGUUUGAGCAGUACACAUGUGCAGGUUGGUAGGUGUGCUCGCUUUCAGACUUUCAUUACGGACAUGUUGUAUUCAUGAAUUGCCUCACAUACAAAUUUUUUAUGAUGCAUACUGGAAGUCCCCUAUAGGAGCUUUAAUGAUGUCAAAGUAAAUCAAAGCUUUAAUUGAUUUUUCCAUUUUUAGUGUCAGUUUCAGAUUUUGGUGAGGAUAUUUAUCAGGGGUCAGACCUGAAAUACAUGAUAAAAUGAUCAGAUUUCAUCUCUGUCUAUUCCUGUAGACACCGUCCACAGUUCCCCUGACCCUGGUGGGGUGGUGAACACUAAUGAGGCCUUCUGCACCGUGGUGCAAACUCGACUUGCAGACCACAGACUUCUAUUCUCAGGCGAGGUGGACUGCAGGGAUAAAGACCCCAACGCUCCAGGUCCUCCUGCGUGCUACAUCGAACUAAAGACCUCUGCAGAGAUCUGCACUCCAAAACAGCGCAGCAACUUCCACAGGUACAUGCAGAAAUGGCCAAACAUCAUGUCUUUAUGUCCUGAUAUUUCAUCUGUUUUUCAGCGAUUUUUGCUUUUUUUUUAAACCUGGAUUUGGUCUUUAGGUUCAAACUGCUUAAGUGGUGGGCCCAGUCUUUUCUCCCUGGAGUCCCUCGGGUGGUGGCGGGCUUCAGGGAUCAUGAUGGAGUGGUUGUUAGCGUGGAGACUUUUCCCAUCUCAAAGAUUUCACAUCUCAUCAAGGUGCAGUAGCAGUGACAAAAAAAUGGUUAUCUAUACGUGCUUAAGCUGUAAAAACAAGAAAAUUGAUGAUGAAACGUUACAUUGAGUUAUUAAAACUGUACAGGAUUUAAUAUAAAAUUUUACACUUCUUUUUUCUCUAGAAUGAACAAAACUGCUGGAAGCCGACAGUGUGUAUGAACUUCUGCUGUGAUUUUCUGUCUUUUGUGAAACAAACAGUGACUGAAGACGACCCCAGGUGAGUUUCUUGGAUUUAUUUUAUUCUCUGUGCUGUUAAAGCUUCAGUGAAGAGUUUUCAGAUCUCUCCAGUGUUUCCUCGGUUCAUCAGCUUCUGUUUUGUUAAGUAGUGUUAUAAUAUAUCUUAUCUUAUUUUAAAUUAUGUAAAGCAUUUUGUGUUACAUUAUUGUUGCAUUCAAGGGUUUUACAAAUGAAGUCUGAUUGAUGGAAGAGUGAACAGAGAUGAGUUUAUCCACAGAGGUGCUCUAAAAUCUACACAAAGCCAAAGAGCUUUACUGGAGCGUGCAUUAAUCCUUCCUGUCUCUCUGUCAGCGUGGUGUACCUGUUCUCCUACGAGCCCCACAGAGAUGUGACCUACUCCCUCCACAGGGAUUCCCAGUACUCCUUCCUGCCUCAGUGGUACAUGGAGGAAAUCACAAGGAGUCAAGACUCACACUCUCAGUCCUGAUUUAUACAGCAAAGACAUGCUGGACUGGGACUGUAAAAUCAGACCUCCAAUGGAGGAUUAUUUAUCAAACUGAGACAGGAUUUGCUGUAAAUUUACUGUCCUGAUCUUUAGCUUAGGAUCCUCUGGUGUCAUUUGUCAUCUUUUAUUUGUGCAUCUUUAAAAAAAAAAAAAAACUGGCAUGUGGUGAAUUUUAAUAAAACACUAGUUGCAGUUCAAGUGUUUUUGUCACACUUUAUUAAUAUUUUGUUAUAACAAUAAUUUAAACCCCAAACAGGGCUUUAAUCGAUCAAACAAAAUAAGAAAAUGUUAAAAAAAGAAAAAAAAGGAUGUCAAUACAUGAUGAUAACUUCAAGUACAAGUUUGAUCAGCAGUUACAAAAUAUUUCCAGGUAAACUUUCAACAAAUCUUUCCGAAUCUAGACUAGUGACUUCUACAAAUAUGCCAUUGUCUUUGCAACCCUCGGCGUUGAGCUUCAUAAAUAAAGAUCGUUUGGUCUUCAUCUGUUACCCUUACAUUUUGACAUUUUCUUUAACAGACUCGAUUUGCCUUAUCACUUUUCAAUCUAGAGUGCCUUUAUCUAAAAGACUUUUUAAGACUUUUAUACAGUUAUUUAGAGCAUCUGACAGGUAAAAGCUAAAGUAAUCUCACUGGCGAUCCUUUAAGUUAUGUCAUGCCAUGUUUCUGUAAAGUGAAAGUGAACUUUAACUUUCAGGAGGGCUGCUGAUACAAUGAACAGUCACAAAGUCUCCAGUGAAGACUGCUAAAACUGUGAGUCAUGAUUAAAAUUCACACGUUUUACAAACAUUUUAACAGAAACAAAAAGGAAUGAAUCAACUCACAACUUGGUUAUAAGGCAUUUAACAAAUGAGAGAAAUAUUGCUGUCAUAAACAAAUACUGUAAAUCAAUAAAAAGCCCUUACUGCUCUAUACAAAGUAAGAUAAAGAGGUAUGUAUUGGAAGACACCAAAGUGUUUGCACAGGCCAAUACAAGAGUGAGGAGAGCACACAUAAGUGCAGCACUGUCCGUGUAAAUCAUCAACAGUCACUAUACAGCAGAUCAGAGUACAGGUUUUUAUGAUAGUUCAGAGGCACUUGGUACCAGCAGAAGUAUUUGUACACCCAAACUGUGUGGGGUUAAGUACUCAUUUGCUUUUGUAUUCACUUGAAUUCAUUUUUACACCACAUAGCGAACUGCUAAAAAUCACACCACCCUAAGGCGUUAAAAGUAUCGGCUGAUUUUACUCGUAGACUGGUGUGAGAGCCCACUGUCCAGCACUUUUAACCAUUAAGAGGUAUGACUUAAAAUGUCAAUCUGGCAGGAUUUCAUGAGGUUUCCAUCCACCUCUCAUUGUUCACAGUAAAUACAUAAAACAGAGUGUGGAGAAUGGUCCAGGAGUUUAAAGUCAAGACAGACUAAUGCAAGAAGGAGUCAUAUUAGUCUUAACAUCUGCAUGAUAAAUCAUCUUUAACAGUAGAGACAUGGAUGAAGAAACAGCUAUCUGUUGGUUGGGACAAGAUUAUUUUUUUCACUUUGACAUGAAAAUUCUAAAUUUAUUAAAAACAAUGAGGCUCAUAACUCUCCUUUUCUCUUUUUGAAUGAAUCUAACUCAUAUAACUCUGGCCCUUAUAAAACACAGAUAGUUUGGAUGAUUUCUUUAUAUGAAUUAUUUGUUUGAAAAACUUGGGCUCACAACCACCCUUUCCUCAAUUUUUGACUGAAUACAUCCCAUUUGAUCACUGCGGCCCUUAAAAAUAUUAAGCUAACACCUGAUGUUAUCUUUUUGGAGAAUUAUGUAUUCAUUAGUGGAUAUAUUUUAUGUAAAUAUUUCUCUAACUGCACUUUUUUAACUGCAUCAAUUCACAAUUUCUUGUUGUAUUUUGAUCAGUGUUUAUCUUUAUUUUUUUAUUUAAACUUUGAUUCAACGUUAUUGAAUACAAUUCUGUCAAUAAAUAUCUGAUUUAAAGGUU